CUUACACUUGAGACGCACUACUGAACAGCACGUGCCAGAGGUGGAAGUCCAAGUCAAACGUAGAAGGACAGCCUCACUGAGCAACCAAGACUGGUCUAUUGUAACUUCAAGUGUUUGUAAAAGUGCCAUGCCCCCACCUACAUCUCUAGAAGUACCUCGAGGUAGUUAUUGUGUUGGAGGUUUGGGGGGGCCCUUUGGACGGAGAGGUCUGUUGUUAGUGGGGAAGGUCAAUUACAUUUGUCCCAUUUUGCUGGAGCCUUUCUCCUGUGCAGCAUCAGUGUGGACCAGACCAUACAGCAGGUGUCAGCUGUACCCAAGGCGAUCUCAGCAGCAGCAAGUCCCCGUGGUGGAUUUCCAGGCCGAGCUGAGGCAGGCGUUCUUAGCCGAGACCCCCAGAGGCGGUUAAGCGGUCUUGGCACAUCCCAGCUGGCAAUGCUCCCCCUACUGUUGGAAGCUUCUGCCCCAGCUUGCAUUGUUUGUAGCAGCACCUGCGUCAUACCUUUGUCUGUAGCCUUCCCUUAGGUCUUAAGGAUCUCGGAAUUUGACUGUGGACGUUGGAUUUGCUGGGACAGCAAUCAUGACCGUGGGCAAGAGCAGCAAGAUGCUGCAGCACAUCGACUACAGGAUGAGGUGCAUCCUGCAGGACGGCCGCAUCUUCAUUGGCACCUUCAAGGCUUUCGACAAGCAUAUGAACUUGAUCCUCUGCGACUGUGAUGAGUUCCGGAAGAUCAAGCCAAAGAAUGCGAAGCAGCCAGAACGUGAGGAGAAGCGGGUGCUGGGCCUGGUGUUGCUGCGUGGGGAGAACUUGGUCUCCAUGACUGUGGAGGGGCCACCCCCGAAAGAUACUGGCAUUGCUCGUGUACCUCUGGCUGGAGCUGCAGGGGGCCCUGGGGUUGGCCGGGCUGCUGGCAGAGGGGUACCAGCUGGGGUUCCUAUUCCCCAGGCUCCUGCUGGGUUAGCAGGCCCUGUGCGAGGGGUUGGGGGACCAUCCCAACAGGUAAUGACCCCCCAGGGAAGAGGCACAGUGGCAGCUGCAGCCGUUGCUGCUACGGCCAGCAUUGCUGGAGCCCCGACGCAGUACCCCCCAGGUCGGGGCACGCCCCCUACACCUGUGGGCCGAGCAACCCCACCUCCAGGCAUUAUGGCUCCUCCACCUGGUAUGAGACCACCCAUGGGCCCGCCGAUCGGGCUUCCCCCUGCCCGCGGGACGCCCAUAGGCAUGCCCCCUCCAGGAAUGAGACCCCCUCCACCAGGAAUUAGAGGUCCGCCUCCCCCCGGAAUGCGCCCACCGAGACCCUAGGAUACUAUUGACCCUUAGUCACUUUGACCUGCGCUGCGUCUUGUGAAACUGUAGAGUGUUUGUGAGCUUUUGUCCCCUCUCUGCUGCAUUAAUAUUCACUAAUAAAUGCAUAGAGCAAUUAAACUGUGA